UCGAAGUCGUAGCGCAUCUCGCAGUCGUACAAACCAACUUCCCACAGCAUAUACAGGCGGCGGCGGCGGCGGCGAUGGGAGGCGAGACAACCGGUUCCGGUGGCGCGGGGUUCCGCGCCCGGAUAGACCACUUCCUGUACAGCGGAGAGAAGAAGCACGUCGUCGCGGGCAUCGCCAUCUUCGGCGCCAUUUUCGGGGUGCCAUGGUACUUCAUGACCCGAGGAGCAAAGCAUGAUUCCCAUCAAGAUUACAUGGAACGAGCUAACAAGGCGAGAUCGGAGAGGCUUUCUUCCGGACAGCCAUCACCAGUGAAGGAAUGAAGCAGCCAUCUCCUUGGGCCCCAGAUUGCCGAAUCUCUGCAUGCAGUUUAGUUACGAAUCUGAAGGCUUAUAUUGUGUCAAAUAAACAGACCAUCUCAGUUCCUCAUUUCGGCAGCUACAGAAACAUAGCGGUAAUGUAACAUGGUAGAAAUUUUUGUUAACGGGAACCUUAGAGUAACCGUUUUUGCUAUUCUACCAGGAGAUGAUCGAUAAUUCACCAGAUUUUUUAUCUCA